AUGCUAACCUUCAUAUGUCAUAGUCUUCUGUAUCACUUGAAUAUCUUUCUUUCUUUCUUUCUUUCUUUCUUUCUUUCUUUUCAUUAUAAUAAUCAUUCUGUCCAAAAUCUUCUGUCCUUGAAUAUCUUUCUUUCUUUCUUUCUUUCUUUCUUUCUUCAUUUCUUUCCUUCAUUUAUAUCUUCUGUUCUUUUAUCUUUCUUUUCUUUCUUUCUUUCUUUUCUUUCUUUUCUUUCUUUUCAUUAUAAUAAUCAUUCUUCUUCUGUAUCACUUGAAUAUCUUUCUUUCUUUCUUUCUUUCUUUCUUUCUUUCUUUCUUUCUUUUCAUUAUUUAAUCAUUUUUGGUAAUUCCUUCCUUCCUUCAUAUGUUUCUGUAUCUUUAUCUUUCUUUCUUUUUCUUUCUUUCUUUCUUUUCUUUUCAUUUCAUUAUAAUCAUUCUUCUUCUGUAUCACUUGAAUAUUUCUUUCUUUCUUUCUUUCCUUUCUUCAUUCUUUCUUUGGUAAUUCUUUCUUUUCAUUUCUUCUGUAUCACUUGA